AGUCUGACAGCAUUCCAGCGCUAGUCUGAGCACGGAGAGCACCGGCGAUAAGACGUGCGUCGCAGUCAGGAAAUAAUGGAAGACUACUUGAAAAUAGAGAAAAUCGGCGAAGGUACAUAUGGGGUAGUGUAUAAGGGCAGGCACAAGGCCACCGGGCAGGUUGUGGCUAUGAAGAAGAUCCGUCUGGAGAGUGAGGAGGAGGGGGUUCCCAGCACUGCUGUCAGAGAGGUCUCUCUUCUUCAGGAGUUGAAGCAUCCCAACGUUGUACGGCUCCUGGAUGUCCUGAUGCAGGAGUCUCGUCUCUACCUCAUUUUUGAAUUCCUGUCCAUGGACCUGAAGAAGUACCUGGACUCCAUUCCCACUGGCCAGUACAUGGACGCUAUGGUGGUCAAGAGCUACCUUUACCAGAUCUUGGAGGGCAUUUACUUCUGUCACUGUCGCCGAGUCCUCCACCGUGACCUGAAACCCCAGAACCUCUUGAUUGACAACAAGGGAGUUAUCAAGCUGGCAGAUUUUGGCCUGGCUCGGGCCUUUGGUGUUCCUGUCAGGGUUUACACCCAUGAGGUUGUAACUCUUUGGUACCGGGCUCCAGAGGUCCUUCUGGGUUCACCCCGAUAUUCAACCCCAGUAGAUGUCUGGAGCACUGGGACCAUCUUUGCUGAACUUGCCACCAAGAAGCCUUUGUUCCAUGGAGACUCAGAGAUAGACCAGCUCUUCAGGAUUUUCAGGACCCUGGGAACCCCAAACAAUGAUGUGUGGCCUGAUGUAGAGAGCCUACCCGACUAUAAAAACACCUUCCCCAAAUGGAAGUCUGGCAAACUGUCGUCAAUGGUAAAAAACCUGGACAAGAAUGGCCUGGAUCUGCUGGCGAAAAUGUUGACCUACAAUCCUCCUAAGAGGAUCUCUGCACGCGCAGCUAUGUCACACCCUUACUUUGAUGACUUGGACAAAUCCACCCUGCCGGCUGCCAGCAUCAACAAAAUCUAAAACACAUACUGACCUUUAUACUAACACAUUCAUACCCUUUGUGAAUUAUCAUAUUGUAAAUACUUGCGUGUAUGUGUGUGGAAAAUUGCGCACCCGAAGUUAAGCUUCAAUGUAUUUUCAAUAAAACUGCACUUUGUGUGAUUUUCAAAA